AUGUCUCUGACGGGUGAAGUGGUGGUGGUGACGGGCGCCGGUGGGUUCCUGGGGAAGAGGCUGGUGAGGCUGCUGCUGGAGGAGGAGAAGACGGCUGAGAUCCGACUGCUGGACCUGCGAGUACAGCCACAACUUGUAGAGUCUCUGGAGGACUGUCGAGGCGACACCGAGCUGAGCGUCUGCGAAGGCGACAUCCGAGACGCCGAGUUCCUGAGGAGGAGCUGCCGGGGGGCGUCGAUCGUCUUCCACAUCGCGGCCAUCAUCGACGUGAAGGACGCGGUGGAGUACAGCGAGAUACACGGGGUCAACGUCAAAGGAACCCAGCUGCUGCUGGAGGCCUGCGUCCAGGAGAACGUGGCGUCCUUCGUCUACACCAGCAGCAUCGAGGUGAUGGGGCCGAACCCGCGGGGGGAGCCCAUCGUCGACGGCACCGAGGACAUGGCGUACGAGAGCGCUCUGAAGUUCGCCUACAGCAAGACCAAGAUGGAGGGCGAGCGGAGGACCCUGCAGGCUCACGGCGAGGUGCUCCAGAACGGAGGCCGCCUGGCCACCUGCGCCCUCCGGCCCAUGUACAUCUACGGCGAGGGCUGCCGCUUCCUGCUGGGCCACAUGGCCGACGCCAUCCGGAACAAAGACGUCCUGUACCGCAUGUCCCGCCCGGAGGCCCGCGUGAACCCCGUGUACGUGGGCAACGUGGCCUCGGGCCACCUCCAGGCGGGGCGCGCCCUCAAAGAUCCGCAGAAGAGAAGCGCCGCCGGAGGAAAGUUCUACUUCAUCUCCGACGACACGCCGCACGUGAGCUACUCGGACUUCAACCACGCGGUGAUGUCGCCGCUGGGCUUCGACAUCCAGAGGGACCUCAUGUUCCCGCUGUGGGUGAUGUACGCGGUGUGCUUCAUCAUGGCCGCGCUGUGCGCCGCGGUCCGGCCUCUGGUGCGCGUCGUGCCGCCGCUGACCGGGCAGCUCGUCACCAUGCUGAACACGCCGUUCAGCUUCUCCUACCAGAGGGCCAGGAGGGACCUGGGCUACGCCCCCAGGUACACCUGGGAGGAGGCGCGCCGACGCACCACCGGGUGGCUGGCGGCGGAGCUGCCGAAGGAGAGGGAGAAAAUGAGAAAGAAAUGAGAGGCGGUUACACAUCGUGUGUUUUAACGCAUCGCGACGCCGUCGGUGAACAGAGAGGUUCAUUGGAGGUGAACGUGAAGCACGCAGCCUAAAGCAUGCCGAGCGGCGCCUGAAGGCACCAUUUUACUCUUUGUUGUAGCAUCGUUCUAAUUGUUCUAAUAAGUUCAACACGUGAUUAAGUUUUAUUUUGCUUGUCUGAUAUUAAGAAGGUUUAACAGUCAGAAUUAUUCACUUUAAGUUCAGAUCUCGUAGCUUUGACUGACCUGUUGU